AUGGCGUGCCUGCCGUGCGACACCACCGACCCGAGGAUUGGCUGCACCUAUGCGUUGAUACCUAACAGGAUGUACGUAGCGACUGUAUCCCAUCAAUGCCAAACGACGAAUAGAGUUAGUCGGUUCGGUAGGGCCAUUUGCGAAGUCUUUUCGGAUGGAUAG